CGGCCUGACCCCGCUGCCGAACCCGGCGCCAGCCAUGGAGCCUGAAGUCCCCCGUCGCCGCCACACCCACCAGCGCGGCUACCUGCUGACGCGGAACCCUCACCUCAACAAGAAUUUUACAUAUAAAGUUUCUGGGCUUGGAGGUUUUGGGUUUAUCUUCUUGGGCUUUGCUGAGCUUCUUGAUUCUGACUUGGCCUUUACCCUGGAAGAGAGACAGCAAUUGAACAUUCAUGGAUUGUUGCCACCUUCCUUCAUCAGUCAGGAGAUUCAGGUCCUUAGAGUACUAAUAAAUUUUGAGCGUCUGAAGUCUGACUUUGACAGGUAUCUUCUCUUAAUGGAUCUCCAAGGUAGAAAUGAAAAACUCUUUUAUCGAGUGCUAACAUCUGACAUUGAGAAAUUCAUGCCUAUUGUUUAUACUCCCACUGUGGGUCUGGCUUGCCAACGAUAUAGUUUAGUGUUUCGAAAGCCAAGAGGUCUCUUUAUUAGUAUCCAUGAUUGUGGGCAUAUUGCUUCAGUUCUCAAUGCAUGGCCAGAAGAUGUCAUCAAGGCCAUUGUGAUGACCGAUGGAGAGUGUAUUCUUGGCUUGGGAGAUCUUGGCUGUAAUGGAAUGGGCAUCCCUGUGGGUAAAUUGGCUCUAUAUACAGCUUGUGGAGGGAUGAAUCCUCAAGAAUGUCUGCCUGUCAUUCUGGAUGUGGGAACUGAAAAUGAGGAGUUACUUAAAGAUCCACUCUACGUUGGACUACGGCAGAGAAGAGUAAGAGGUUCUGAAUAUGAUGAUUUUUUGGAUGAAUUCAUGGAGGCAGUUUCUUCCAAGUAUGGCAUGAAUUGCCUUACUCAGUUUGAAGAUUUUGCCAACGUGAAUGCACUUCGUCUCCCGAACAAGUAUCGAAACCACUAUUGCACAUUCAAUGAUGAUAUUCAAGAAACAGCGUCUGUUGCAGUAGCAGGUCUCCUUGCAGCUCUUGGAAUAACCAAGAACAAACUGUCUGAUCAAACAAUACUAUUCCAAGGAGCUGGAGAGGCUGCCUUAGGGAUUGCACACCUGAUUGUGAUGGCAAUGGAAAAAGAAGGUUUACCAAAAGAGAAACCCAUCAAAAAGAUAUGGUUGGUUGAUUCAAAAGGAUUAAUAGUUAAGGGACGUGCUUCCUUAACACAAGAGAAAGAGAAAUUUGCCCAUGAACAUGAAGAAAUGAAGAAUCUAGAAACCAUUGUUCAAGAAAUAAAACCAACUGCCCUCAUAGGAGUUGCUGCAAUUGGUGGUGCAUUCUCAGAACAAAUUCUCAAAGAUAUGGCUGCCUUCAAUGAACGGCCUAUUAUUUUUGCUUUGAGUAAUCCAACUAGCAAAGCAGAAUGUUCUGCAGAGCAGUGCUAUAAAAUAACCAAGGGACGUGCAAUUUUUGCCAGUGGCAGUCCUUUUGAUCCAGUCAGUCUACCAAAUGGACAGACCCUAUAUCCUGGGCAAGGCAACAAUUCCUAUGUGUUCCCUGGAGUUGCUCUUGGUGUUGUGGCGUGUGGAUUGAAGCACAUCACAGAUAAUGUUUUCCUCACUACUGCUGAGGUUAUAGCUCAGCAAGUGUCAGAUAAACACUUGGAAGAGGGUUAGCUUUAUCCUCCUUUGAAUACCAUUAGAGAUGUUUCUCUGAAAAUUUCAGAAAAGAUUGUGAAAGAUGCAUACCAAGAAAAGACAGCCACAGUUUAUCCUGAACUGCAAAACAAAGAAGCAUUUAUCCGCUCCCAGAUGUAUAGUACUGAUUAUGACCAGAUUCUACCUGAUUGUUAUUCUUGGCCUGAAGAGGUCCAGAAAAUACAGACCAAAGUUGACCAGUAGGAUAAUAGCAAACAUUUCUAAUUCUAUUAAUGAGGUCUUUAAACCUUUCAUAAUUUUUAUAGGUUGGAAUCUUUUAUAAUGAUUCAUAAAAUGCUUAGAUUAAGAUUUUACUUUACAGUCUAAAAAUUGAUGGAAGAAUAUUGAUAUAAAUUGGGAUAAACAUCAUUUGAGACAA